AGGUAGAGAGAGGCCGUGAGCACCGUGGGCCAGACGGAGCUUCUGGUUCCCAGCAGAACCACGAUGAAGACAACAGAGAACAGCAAGCACUGCGCGAUGCGCUGAACUUGUCUGGAGAUGAAGCACUCCGCGAUGCACUGAACUUGUAUGCAGAUGGUAACAGCCUGAAACCCUUUAGCACAUAUCCUCAAUCUGAGUUCCCCUAAGGAUUGCCCUUGACAGCCAGUAUAUCUUACUCUACUUGUACCCACAGGAUAAGUAUUUUUAAAUGAUGUCAGCACGCUUAAUCCACAUUUCCCGUCUUCCUCUAUAUGGGUGCCGGUGUCAUCGUGCAGGACUCAUUUCACACACUCAUGUGCAAUACAGCAGUGACCUGGUGCACGUGGGUCGCCGGAAGCCCAUUGCAUUCACACACGCUAUGUCAUUCAGUUCUGAUCUUGCCUCAAGGAAAUACAGUCUAAUUUACACUUUUCCGGCUAUCAAAGGCCUGCGGGCUCUUUCUAGACUCAAACUGAUGCAGACGGGCAUCACCGUCGUCUUAUUGCCCACAGUGUACUACCUCUACCUGCAGGGACAGGCGUCAGUAAUGCUGCUGAGUUACUCCACAGGCAUAGCUGUGUUUGCCGGCAUCAUGCUGUACUCCAUAAGCCACUAUGUCAGACGAGUGGUUGGCAUGAUGUAUCUGGAUUCAACGCGGACCGUCUUAAAGGUGUCGCACCUGACCUUCUGGGGUCACAGACGGGACAUAUACGUGCCCGUGUCAGAUGUCAUGACUCUGGGAGAGUCUGGGGAUACCAAAGGAGAACCGAUCCUGUGUUUAAAGCGCUACAGCCGUUCUGAUACAAUGUACUUCUCUCCCAGACUGGGACGAGUGGUGGACAAAAAUGCCUUUGAGAAGGUUUUUGGGAGUUUGUCGUGAAUUUAGUUUUCUCUUGUUUUUUUUUCAUGUUGUGUCAUACGCCACUGGAUAUUGUCUUGUAAUUUAAAAGUGACAAAUAAAGAUGUUAUUCAUUUCACAUUCAUGAAAAAUGUUAAUAGAAUGGUGUAGAGAUGACGUAUUAUGAUGUAUUUUUGUAGGCCAACCCGGAAGUGCAUCACCGUGGUUCCUUCACAAAAAAAACCUAGUAUUAUUUUUCCAUUGGCUUUUGGAUUGCUGCAGAAAAUAAGCUCUGUGACCAAUAAAAGUUAACGGUUUC